AUGCUCUCCGUCCUAAGCACAGGUCUCGCCCUGUUGGGUGCCGUGCAGACCUGCCUCGCCGCACCUACGGCGGGCUGCGGAAAGGCGGCUCCAUCCUCUGGCACAAAGUCCAUCACGGUCAACGGACGCCAGCGACAAUACAUCCUGCAGCUGCCGUCCAGCUACAACGCACAGACCGCCCACAGGCUCGUUUUCGGCUUCCACUGGCGCGACGGGUCCAUGAAUGACGUGGCCAACGGGCAGUUUUACGGACUGAGACCCCUGGCCGGGAACACGGCCAUCUUUGUUGCCCCCAACGGGCUCAACAAUGGCUGGGCCAACAGCGGCGGCGAGGACAUUGCCUUUGUUGACGCGAUCCUGAACAGCGUCAAGAACGACUUGUGCAUCAACGACGCCGAGAUCUUUGCCACCGGCUGGAGUUAUGGUGGCGCCAUGAGCCACAGCGUCGCUUGCUCGCGGCCGGACGUCUUCAAGGCCGUCUCCGUCAUUUCCGGCGCCCUCCUCUCCGGGUGCUCGGGCGGCAACAGUCCCGUCGCAUACCUCGGCAUCCAUGGCGCCGCCGACAAUGUCCUGGGCAUCGGGCUCGGCCGCCAGCUGCGCGACAAGUGGCUGACUACCAACGGGUGCCAGUCCAAGUCGGCUUCCGACCCAGGGGCGGGAGCCCAGCAGCACAUCAAGACUACCUACACCUGCUCGCGCGCCGCCGUCACCUGGAUCGGCCACGGCGGCGGUCACGUCCCCGACCCGAGCGGCACGGGUGGUCAGAAGUUUGCGCCCGGCGAGACUUGGAGCUUCUUCAAUGCUGCGGUUGGUGGGGGAGGUGGAGGUGGUGGUGAUGAUGGCGGCGGCGGCGGCGGGGGUGGCGGUGGUGGUGGUGGUGGUGGUGGUGGGGGAACCCCAAGCCCAAGCUGCGCCGCGCGAUGGGGACAGUGCGGCGGUCAGGGAUGGUCGGGGCCGACGUGCUGCUCCGAGGGAACUUGCACUGCAUCAAACCAAUGGUACUCGCAAUGUAUCUAA